AUGAACCACUCGAUUAUUACCAUCCCUCAACAUGGAAAUGGUCGACUAUAUAAGACAUCAAUAUGUAGGCAUUAUGAAUAUGGAAAUUGUUCCCUUGGGAUGAAAUGCUAAUUUGCUCAUGGUUUAGAUGAACUAAGAAAUCCUGAUGAUCCAAUACCAUUUCAGAUACCUACACUCGAUAGCAAUAUCAUAAUAACAAACUAUAAAACUGUUCUAUGCAAAUAUGAUUAAUAAGGAUUUUGUAAAAAUGGCACUGAUUGUCCUUACGCACAUGGUCAAAACGAUAGAAAAUAAGCUAGAAUAGCUCCAUUAAAUCUCAAAAAGGCUUUUUACAAUAAAGAAAACAAUGAUGAUAAGGAUGUUGAAUUAUUUUUAUUCGAACUAAUUUCUCGACUCAUUAAUGAUGUCUCAUAUCAAUCUGAUGAGUCUACCUUGAGUACUUUAAGGAAAAUUUAAUCAUUAAUAGGAGAAAAAAGUCUUAGAUCAGCUACUGAAACACUAUGUUUAGUGCUCUCUUCAAAUUAAAGAUCAAAAUAAUAAUAAACAGCCUACGAGUAAAUCUAUAAUGGCUUAGUGUAAUGAAUGCGAAGCAAGAACAAUUUUGUUUAGAUGAAAAUACUUUGCAGUAUUAUAAAAUUAUUGAAAUGUAUACGUUCAAUAAUAAAAA